UGAUGACCAACAUGAGGAAGUUAGUAAAAAAGUAUCCGCGGAAGAAGAAAUUCGAAGAGGCAUCACAGUAAUGAGGAGGGUGGUCCAAGGAAGAUCUCGAGGCAUCAUACUAGAUGUCUGUUGGAACAACCAGGGACAGCUUAUAGAACCUAAUGGGCAUACCUUAACUAGUUUUAUCGGUGCACUAGUAAGGAAUGAAAUUCCCAUUACAUGUGAUGAUUGGAGAAACAAAGAGCUGAAUGAGUCCAAAGAAAAAAUUUGGAGUGAGAUAAAGCGAUGUUUUAACAUCGAAGAAGAAAGAAGAGGUUUUUGUAUGAAAUUGGCCGGAAAGCUUCUAAGAGGGUUUCGGACAUUUUUAUCAUCCAAGUUCCUUAAGGAUGCGGAUGGUAAUUUUGUGGAUGCGGAGCUUCCUAAAAAAUAUGAAAGUUUGAUAUCGGCUGAAGAAUGGGAAGCUUUCAAAUCCAAAAGACAAGACCCGGUUUUUCAAAGAAUAAGUGCUACAAAUCGGGAAAGAGCAUCAAGUCCCGCAUAUCCGUACCGAAAAGGACGUGUCGGAUAUGGACGCUUAGAACAAUCCAUGGUAAGUAUUUAUAAAUUGCGAUAACAAAUUUGUUCAUCAUAUAUUAGUUUUAUCUGAUCAAAUUGUAUGACAUAAUGUGUAGCUGCAGAAGGAGGAAAGUUCAGAAACAUCUCUUCCUGCACAUGUUUUGUGGAAGGAAGCC